AACUUGGGAUCACCCAGUGACUGCUGAGAUGUGUUUGAGUCUUACCUGCUGUUCCUGUUCGACAUUUAGUGACCUUUGAGCGGACCCUUUCUUAUUGCAUCAUGUGAGGCUGGACAACACAUCUAUUAAUGGCUAAAGUCGAUCCAAGAAAGUCAAACUCGUAUUCGUUCCACCGAUCAUUUCACUCAUAAGAGGAAUGCAGCGCACAAUGUCCAGCUUCACGGGGAUGUCUGAGGAGGCUGUCCGCCAGACUCGCAGCCAGAAGAGGGCGCUGGAGAGGGAGGCUGCCCCACAGUCUGUGGACCUCUCCAAUGUCGACAAUGAAAGCAAAAAACCCAAACUGGACCCUUCUGACCCUGCGUCAGAGGCACAAACUAAACCCAAGUCUGAUCUUUUACUGGCACAGGACGCUGCGAGCCGGACUAGACCCGGAUCAGAUCCUGAAACGGAGCCUGAGCAGAGCCGCUUGCCGUUACCAUUAGUGUUACCCCCAACUUCCCAGUCGGUGAAGGACGAUCGGGAUCGGACACAGAGACACCAGACGGCUGAGUCCGGUUCAGACAAUCGAAUUCACUGCAAUGACAGAGCAAGGACGGAGCCGACUACGGACCAAAAGAGCCGGCUCCGGCAGACGGAGCCGAAGGCCUCAGGUGGAAUACUUGCUGCAGGCGAGGUGAAGGCAACCAUUAAAGUGGAAGUGCAGACAGAGCAGCCUGUGGACAUGAGCACCACUAAAGGUAUAAAAAGGGAGAAGCGUCCCCCGUCCCCAGAAGACGACGACGUCAUCAUCUUGUCUGACAACGACUCCCCGAGUCCACCGAUGAACGGCCUGAGCCACUUCAAGGAGCUGGACACGGACCUGCUCAUGAAGAGCAGCCCAGCAGAAAGAGAACGGAUCAUCAAGCAGCUGAAAGAGGAGCUGAGACUAGAGGAGGCCAAGUUGGUGCUGCUGAAGAAACUUCGACAGAGCCAAAUUCAGAGGGACACUCUGCAAAAGCCCUCAGGUUUAUCCGGUUCCUCUGCUCCUCCUCCUCUAAUUCGAGGAACCAUUUCAAGCAAUAAAGGCUCUCAGCAGAUUUUGACAGGAAGAAGUUCAGGGACCGUCAUCCCUCCCCCUCUGGUCAGAGGAGGACAGCAAGUGUCGUCCAAACAUGGCUCCCAGAUUAUAAUGCCUCCUCUGGUUAGAGGGGCACAGCCCAUCUCCGUGUCUCCACAGCAGAUCCACGCUCUCCGCCAGCAGCAGCAGCAGCAGCAGCUGGCAGCAACCGGAGGUUCAGGAUCUGGCCCCCCUCCUCUGCUACUGGGCACCAGGAACUCGGCCACCACGGCCCAGGGACAAAGAGGCAUGGUCCAGUCGGGCCUGAUCCGGGUCGGCAACAGUGCAAACACGCUGGCGUCUGCAUCCGGUCUGAAGGCCUCCUCCUUGGGAAGCGGUGGUAUUUCUGUUGUCGGUGUCAACGACUCUCCAGCUAGCCGCCAGGCUGCGGCUAAGCUAGCCCUGCGGAAACAACUGGAGAAGACCCUGCUGGAGAUCCCCCCACCCAAGCCACCUGCGCCAGAGUUUAACUUCCUGCCCUCUGCAGCUAACAAUGAGUUCAUCUACCUGGUGGGACUGGAGGAAGUGGUGCAGAACCUGCUUGAUACCAUCCACAGAGGAAAAACAGGUGUGCCACUCUCUAAGCAAGUCAUCCGAGACCCUUUCAUCUGCACCCAGUGCAAUACUGACUUUACCUGCCGCUGGAGGCAGGACAAGGCUAAAGGCGGGGUUGUGCUCUGCGAAGACUGCAUGUCGUCCAAUCAGAAAAAGGCUUUGAAAGCUGAGCACACCAAUCGGCUGAAAGCUGCGUUCGUCAAAGCGCUGCAGCAGGAGCAAGAGAUAGAUCAGCGCAUUAUCCAGCAGGUGUCCUCCCCGGUCUCCCACAGUACCUCGUCAUCUGCCUCAUCUGCCGCCUCGUCACUGAAGGCAGAGCAGCUGGUGUCUCAGCAGCUGAAGCAGGUUCAGGCCAGAGUUUCCUCCCUCCAGCACCACCACCAGGCCAACAGGGGAGCCAACAUCCUCCAUCAUCACUCCAUUAAGCAGAGCUCACAGGGCCACCUGUCCCACGGCGUCUCCUCUUUGGGGAUGAGGGGCGUCCCCCACUCGUUCUCCUCCUCCUCGCAGCUGCAGAGUGCGGUGGCGGCCGCAGCUUUGGUUAGCCGGCCAGGUAAGCAUGCCCACGUUUCCCACCGCUCUGUCCAGAGUUCAAAGGUGAGCAGCAGUGGGAUCAGCGGCGGCAGGAAUGUCAGCGGAGGUAGUGCCUCAUCAGCUGCAUGGAAGAAGCAGAGCAGCAGUAACGCAGGUAGACCCGCAUUAAAGCCAGCCCAACUCUGGCGCCUGACAUCUCCUCUCUUUCAACUCCUGUCUGGUCCAAAAGCAAUCCUUGAGCACGUUUCGUCCAAAUUCUAGUAGUGCCUAGAAACGCAUUAAGUGAAAAACAUUAGCUGAGAUCAGAAAGACAAAAUGACACGGGAGGAAAUGUUUUCGGACAAGGCAAACCCACUCUGGAGUUCCCUUCCUGGAAUUGAUCCCAUUUUUCCUACUUUAGUCCCCUGGUUUUGGUGAGCUCAUGUUUUUCCUGGGUGUCUGCUGUAAAGUGUGUUAGAGUAGAAAAUCUUUCAGUUUUUCCAACACAGCGGCAGUCGGAAGUUUACAACAUGGUUCAAUCAUUUAUUUUACUUUUCCUGUUUUCAGUGAGGAAUACGAUUACACCAAAAGUUAGAAAAAGAAAACCAAUUCUAAUUUAUACAAGGUGACAAGUUAUUUAACCCCAAGUGAUGCAACGAGUAGCUUCUUAUUUCACGUAUCGUCCUGUGGUCCUGGAAGUGGUGUUAAGGUGUGUUUUAGAGGGGUCAAAUCAUCGGUAUGAAGCAGAGAAAACUUCUGACGAGAUUGAAGAAGCUACAAAAAUUGGGUUGCAAACCGUCAAACGCAUCAAUAGAAACUGGAAGUGGGAAACCAUCGUCUUUGAGAAGGAAAUACAGUCAGAAAUGAAUCCUGAAUAAUCAGUAAUUAUUUAAAUGUUUGAAAUCAAAUUGAAGAAAAAGACCACUAGAACUCACUCAUAUUUUUAAUAGUAUAAAAGCACCGAACAGCUACGCAUCCAUAAGAAAACUAAUAAUACAUUAGGCUAACUGGAGAAAAAAGCUCCAAUUUGCAGGGAAACAUAAACAUGAGCGACGGAGGGAGGUCAUGUGGUCUGAGUCCAGCUUUACCCAGAAGGAAAGGCGCAUCAGGGCAAGAAGUGCGGAGAGUGUUCUGUAGCAGCUUGUGGGGGCGGGGCAGCGCUGUGAUCUGGGGUUGCUGCAGUUUGCCAGGUCCAGCUUCAGCAAUAUAAUGAAGUCAGCUGACUACCCAAAUACUGAAUGAUCAGGUUUUUCCAUCAGUUAAUUAUUCCUUCCCUGAUGGCGUGUUCACAUUCCAAGAGGACAAUGUCGGGACUCAUCAGGCUCAAAUUGUGAACAAGUGAUUCAGGGAGCAUGAAAAAUGAUUUUCACACAUACGUCGACGACCGUCAAUUUCAGACCUUAACCCCAUUGAGAAGCCUUGGGAUGUGCUGAAGUGAAUCUUCAGACAUCAUCAAAACAAUACCACAGUGAACGCAUUCGACAGUCAAAGCUAAAGGAGGCCCAAUUAGGUAAUGAUAUUUUGAACUAGUUUGUGUUCUUGAACGAUGCUGGCCUUUAACUAUAAAAUACUUUUGUCUUAUAGUUGUGGACUUUCUGAAGGCUUACUGCUAGCCUGCUAAAUUUAUUCCAAAGCCAGUUUUGAUUGGAUCAUUGUCCUGUUGAGGCAACUCGCAGUCACAGUUUUGACCCAAACUGUGACCCUCAGAUGAAAGGGGUUUCCUCGGAUUAUUCAGGAGCAACCCAGGAACCACCAAGGCCCAAGUCUGACAUGAACUAGAAACCUUUGGCAGAGUAGUGCCAAUUUCCAAAGGGAGGUGAGAUCAACACGGGCUAAGAGGGCAUUGCUUCCACAACUGACAUCCUCAAUCAGGACAGAAAUAUGCCUUCUUUGGAGGGCUUUUAUGAUCAAAGGAGACAAACGAUUAGUCCGCAAUGUGGAAAAGAUGUUGGAUGAAUUUACUUCAACUCUGCUUAAAACCUUGGGACAUUUAAAUAAAUAGCAGGUCAGUUCCCAAAGAGUCAAUAAACGUAAGUAAACUCUGGCUCUGGCAGGAAGAGUGGUCAAGUAUUCAGGCAUAAAUAUUAUGCCACAAGCUAGAAAGCAUCUGAUCGAGGUGCCAUUCGCAAAUGAACAUUUGGUAACAUUACAUCAUUUAUAUGUGUAUAAAUAUUUAUCAGAUUUGAGCCUGUACGUUUUUAAAAAAAAGAAACUCUUGGACCCAGGCCUUUUUCAAAUUAAUUACAAAAAAGAAAACGAGUGUAUGUAAACUUCUGACUGCACCUGUGUUUGCCUGCGCAUCGUGGGGACCUUGGGUGGCUUCGUAUUCAAGUAGUCGUACUACUCCACCGAUUUCUCCACAACGAGCUCCACAGACUGACCGCUGCUUGUUCGCAGGAGUGACCAUGGCCUACGUGAACCCGAGCCUGACCGGUCACAAGACCUCGGCCACUGUGGACGCCCGUCAGAGAGAGUACCUGCUGGACAUGAU